ACCACCCAAAAGGUCAUUUCAUUAGGAUCACAGUAUAGAGUGAAACGACCUUUUGUACAGAAAAAAUAAAUUUAAAAAAAACAUUAAAAAAAUAAAAAAAAGAAAAAGAAAAUAAGUUUAUUUUCUUAUUUCUUUAGUUUUUGCAGUCAAUUUUAGCAGCAAAUAUGUCUGUCCUCGUUGAGAAACCCCAACAAGCCAUGCAAGUGGAAGAGCUCAAGGUGGAAUCAAAAGGAGCAUUCGAGGCUCCGGAAAUCAAUGCUUUCGGUCAAACAUUUAGGGAUUAUAAUAAUGUUGAGAGCGAAAGGCAGAAGUCGGUUGAGGAAUUUUACCGACUGAACCACAUUAGCCAAUCAGUGGACUUCGUGAAGAAGAUGAGGGAAGAAUACAGCAAAUUCAACAGGACCGAAAUGAGCAUAUGGGAAUGCUGUGAGCUUUUGAACCAAGUCGUGGACAAGAGUGAUCCUGACUUGGAUGAACCCCAGAUUCAACACUUGUUACAAAGUGCUGAGGCUGCUAGGAAAGACUAUCCCAAUGAAGAUUGGCUGCAUUUGACUUGCCUAAUUCACGAUCUUGGGAAAGUGCUUUGUCUCCCAAGCUUCGGGGAGCUCCCUCAAUGGGCUGUUGUUGGUGAUACAUUUCCCGUUGGUUGUGCUUUUGAUGAAUCCAUUGUUCAUCAUAAGUACUUCAAGGACAAUUCUGACAUUAACAACCCUGCUUACAAAACCAAGAAUGGGAUCUACCAAGAAGGAUGUGGACUUGACAAGGUUCUCAUGUCAUGGGGACACGAUGAAUACAUGUACUUGGUGGCUAAGGAGAACGGAACAACUCUACCUUCAGCUGCAUUGUUCAUCAUCCGUUUCCACUCAUUCUAUCCUAUGCACAAGGCUGGAGCUUACACACACUUGAUGAAUGAGGAGGACAGGAAGAACCUCGAGUGGCUCAAAAUAUUCAACAAGUAUGAUCUGUACAGUAAGAGCAAAGUCAGAAUUGAUGUUGAUAAAGUAAAGCCAUACUAUCUUUCCCUCAUUGAGAAGUACUUUCCCGCAAAGCUCAAAUGGUAAAUUUUUCUCAAGGUGGUGUGAAUUUAUAUAUAUUAGGUGAAGGACUGCUCGAACUCGGCUAAGGUGUAAAUAAAUGAACUACAUCAUGAGAGUAGUUCUUGGAUCUUUCUUUUUUAUUAUUUUUUUUUCUUUUUCCUCUGUGUCAUAUAUCUUUGUAAUUGUUGGAGGCUAAGGCCUCAAGUUGCACCUAAUGUAUCUGAAUUUGUUUAUUGUUCUUUGUAAUAAAGUGAGCUUUGUCAUC